AUGACUCGGAUCCAUACUCGCUUGGCUUUCGUAGCCGUUGCCCUGCUCCCCUUCGUUGCUGCCCAGGGCGGCGACGCACCUGCGCCAUACGAUUGCGAACGUAUCACUGUCGACGGACAUGCCUAUAACAUCUCUGCCUUCAAACCUACGACAUUUACGAUCAAGGGUGAGCCCAAGGAUGAACACCCUAGCAAGAUCCGCGUGGACUAUCAGCUGAACCCUUGUCAGGCAAUUGUCAUACCCGAGGGCGAGGCAAAGUCUCAUUGCAAGGCGAAUGCCUGGGUCUGUCAGGACACAAAGCUCGUCCCUGAAGAGGGCGAUCCCAAGACUUUGUUCUUGCGAACGAUCGCAGGCUCAGCUCCAGCAAACGAUGGUCAACCUGCAAGAGACGUGGCGCCUUCUGUAGCACGCGCAGACAAAAUUGAGGAUGUCAAGGAAUUGCCUUGGAAUCUGACAUUAAAGGGAGGCAACAUUAACGGACAGGACCAGUCAGCUGUCAUUACUUUUAUUUGCGAUAUGGCUGUUACUGACGAGAAGGCUGGCCCGACACUGAUCAAAUAUGAGAACGGAGUCGUAUACUUUUCGUGGAAGUCCAGCGUCGCAUGCCCGAGGGAGAUUCAAUUGCCAACUUCGGAGGGCAUGAGUGGGUUCGGCGUGUUCAUGACGGUUUUGAUAGUCUUUGGACUGAUCUAUCUCGUGCUCGGAGCGAUCUACAACCGCCAAGUCUAUGGCGCCAGGGGUCUGGACAUGCUUCCUAACAUCGGUUUCUGGAAAGACUUCCCCAGCCUGGUUGUCGAUGUCGUCCGCCACGUCUGGGACUCUGUUACCGGUCGCCAUUCAAGCAGAGGCGGUGCUUAUGUUUCUGUCUAA